AUGGGCCCCUAUACCGCCUCCUCAUGCUGCUGCCAGGCCCCUAAAUCUGCCAUGGGCCCCUGUACCGCCUCCUCAUGCUGCUGCCAGGCCCCUAAUCUGCCAUGGGCCCCUGUACCGCCUCCUCAUGCUGCUGCCAGGUCGCCACAGUCUGCCAUGUGCCAUGGGUCCCUGUACGGCCUCCCAUUGCCAUCCAUGCCACACUCUGCCAUGUGCCAGGUCUCCUCACACUGCUGGUGUGUUCCAUUUUUUGUCAUAGGGUGCUGGCAGAUUACGGGCCUCCCAUAGCUGCUGCCAGGCCCCUAAUCUGCCAUGGGCCCCUGUACCGCCUCCUCAUGCUGCUGCCAGGUCCAGUGUCUCAUGGGUCCCUGUACGGCCUCCUAUUGUUGCUGCUGUCUCCAUCGCCACACUCUGCCAUGUGCCACUUUCAGGUCUCCUCACACUGCUGGUGUGUUCCAUUUUUUGUCAUAGGGUGC